UGUGAAAUUUGAGUCACGGUGCUUACGAUCAUUUGUUCCUUGGAAAAACCGAGUCAACGGAAGUCCUGCGAAGUUAGAUAUAAGUGAGAACAUGUUGUUAACAGCAUAGUGCUUUCGCGACAGGAUAUAGCUUCAACGAUUUCUGGUGUAAAACAGCGAAACGACCAUGGGGUUUAUUCGUGUAAAACUGAUCGAAGUGGAACCGGCUUCGAAUUGGUUGAAAGAUCGGCAGCCAUUCGACUCGUACUGUGCUGUACACAUCAAAGAAGCGGUGAUGACCGCUGCUAAGGAAUUUUCGCUGGUGCAGAAAAAAAAGACAAUUUACCCGGAAUGGAACAAAUGUUUCGACACACAUUUGUACGACGGAAGAGUUAUUACGAUCGUGGUUUUACAAAAGCCUGGUGGAAAAGUUGUGGCGGAUGUUUCUAUUGGUGUCCAGUUUUUAGUCGAUCAAUGCAAGCGAGACGCUCAUGGAUUUUCCAGUGUUUGGCUGGAUCUUCAACCCACUGGCAGACUACUGGUGCAAGUCAGGCAUUUUAUCGAAGUCAUAGAUGAUCCCACAAAAGAAGGAAAGCCUCAUGAAAACCACAGUGGCCUCACUGGUCGGCGUGGCGCCAUGCGAAAACAGAAGUCUCACGUCAUUAGAGGACACAGAUUUGUUGCCAGAUUCUUUAGGCAACCUGUUUUUUGUUCUUUCUGUACAGAAUUCAUGUGGGGAUUUAAGAAACAAGGCUAUCAAUGUAAAGUUUGCACUAUGGUGUGUCAUAAAAAAUGCCAUGAAUAUAUUUUGAGCAGUUGUUCUGGAACUAAACAUGUAGCUGAGGAAACAAAGCAAAUGAAAGAGCGGUUUAAAAUUGACAUGCCACACAAAUUCAAGGAAAAAACAUUCUAUAGACCUACAUUCUGUGACCACUGUGGAUCAUUGCUGUAUGGAUUGUAUAGACAAGGACUCGAAUGUCAAGCAUGUAACAUGAAUUGCCACAAGAAGUGCCAAUCAAAAGUUCCCAACGAUUGCGGAAUAAACCAAAAAAUGUUGGCAGAGGCAAUGGCUAAUGCAAAGGAUGAUAUAAGAAAACGUAAAAUUAGCAAGGAACAGAAACCAAGUGGGGCAGGCAAGUCUUCUCCAACGUCUGGUAAAACUGAUGAAGAUAGCAAUGAUGAUGAUGAUGAUGAUGACACUGGGGUUUACGAAGCUCUGUGGGACGCCAUUUCUCCUCCCCUCCCUCAGCGGACUGUUAGCAUUCAAGGAAGAGAUGUGCGAAAGAUUCAGCAACGACUGUACCAUAUUGAAGAUUUCAAUCUACUUAAAGUUCUAGGCAAGGGUAGCUUCGGCAAGGUUCUCCUUUGUGAGCUAAAGGAAACAAAGCAAGCUUAUGCAAUCAAAGCACUGAAAAAAGACGUAGUAUUAGAAGAUGAUGAUGUGGAAUGCACUAUGGUAGAAAGAAGAGUUCUAGCACUAGCUACAAGACAUCCAUUUUUAACGCAUCUUCACUCAGCAUUUCAGUCUCAGGAUCACCUGUUUUUUGUUAUGGAAUACCUUGGAGGCGGUGACUUAAUGUUCCAUAUACAAACAGUGGGCAAAUUCGAUGAAGCAAGAUCCAGGUUUUAUGCCGCUGAAAUUGUGUGUGGUUUGGAGUUCUUACAUUUUCGGGGAAUCAUUUACAGAGAUUUAAAACUCGACAAUGUCUUGCUGGAUGCAGAUGGACACAUUAAGCUAGCAGAUUUUGGAAUGUGUAAAGAAGGAAUCUUGGAGGCGAAAAAAGCAACCACUUUCUGUGGUACACCUGACUACAUUGCUCCUGAGAUAUUGAAGGGAUGGCGUUAUGACUCGGCCGCUGAUUGGUGGUCCUUUGGUGUUCUUGUAUACGAGAUGCUGAUUGGCCAGUCACCGUUCGCUGGCGAGGAUGAAGAAGAUUUGUUCGACUCUAUCUGCCGUGACAAAGUUCAUUAUCCCAAGUGGAUAUCAAGUGCUGCCGAAGACUGUCUGAGUCAGCUCUUUGAAAGAACGCCAGUCGAGAGACUCGGGUACAAAGAAGGAACAAACCCUAACAUCCGUAAUCAUAAGUUUUUCGAGCGCAUUAAUUGGAAGAAUCUUGAGGAGCGGAAAGUCGCGCCACCAUUCAAACCAUCUGUGGCCUCAGACCAUGACACCAACAACUUCGAUCCUGAUUUCACAAUGGAGGUUCCCAAGUUCACUCCGACAGACAAAGAUCUGCUUCAGUCUAUGGAUCAAGGCCAAUUCCGUGGCUUUUCUUUUGUGAAUCCUUACUUUGGCACUCAGCACUGAAUUGCCAGCCUUUACAAUAGUUAGCGGACUCUCUAACCUUCUGUCCCACACUGAAAAUUUACGAGACGAGGAAUGUAACUUGUGCAACGCGACUUUCGAUUUUCGUUUUAGAACAUAGCGAAUGGGUUGAACAGUUGUUUGAGAAAUGUUACAUGCAGUUCCCUGUAUGAUUUUUUUAGUUGUUCGUUUUAUCAAAUGUAAUUAGAAAAUUAUUAACUUAUAAUAGCAGAUACGUUCUCGCUCAAGACGUCUUGGUUAGAGCCAGUUAGCAGUGAAACCCGUUUGGCUAAAAGUUUGGGUCACGUUCUGGGCUGUAAUGGGACACCAUUGUAAAACGCGUGGGGUAACGCGUCGCUGUCACGCAACCCCAAAUGAAAGCACGUCGGGUAACGCAGCUCUGUUAAUGAGAACAGUUUUAAAUUUUGUCUAUUGACUGACGCAAUUCUGAUAUGUUUCAUUAUUGCGUUUUUAUCGUCCAGUUAUGUAAAAUGUAGAUUUACACUCGGCUUGCAAAUUCAAAGAAUUAAACCUGAGUUUUAAAAUUGCAAUUUUAGUUUUGGGGGUAAUUUUACUGAAUUGAUUUUAAAUUACAUAUCCCCAGAGGGUGGGUGCCAGCAUCUGCCACCAAAGUCGAGUGGAACUAGUUAAAAAUACUGUAACAAUCGAAAACUUAUCAGCUCCCUCCAGAGAGUGAGAUAUGAUUUGAAUUUUAACCUUUUUAAGUCAGAAUUUUUAGUAGCUAGGUAGAAACCACGAGGGAAUGUAUUUCUUCUGGUGUAAUUUGUCCUUAAUUUGUACAGUUAAUGUAAUUUAUUCGAACAAAGUUUGAGAUUGUGAUGAGAAUAAACGUGUAAUUAUGACGUACAGUGUGCAGUGACUUCUUUUAGUUUAUUUCGAGCUAUGACUCAAUUUGUUCGCGUUGUACAGUCUCCUCCAAAUCGCCAAGGCCUUACAUUCCUUUUCAUUUCGUGCAGUAUGAAAUUUAGUUUCCAAAGUCGUAGCUAAGUUUUGUUUUCUGACACUUAUUGUCAGUUUUCUGAAAGAAAUUUUUCAGUAGUCAAUCACGCUCAUUAAUACGUAAUUUAUGCAUCUCAACAAACGCGAUCUUCCGUUCGGAAUCGAUCGUUUUCGAGUGUGGUAUCGAGUUUGGACGAGGUAUUUUGGCAACGAAUCGAUAACGGUUCGGAAGAUCGUUUCUAGUUUUUGCCUCGAAAGUAAAAAGAUCGAUGACAAACCGGAGAAUGGCCGAGCAUUUGGAUUGAAAACAAUUCCCGCGUUCUUAAAACAAACGCGCUAAAAGUCAGCUGUAAUCCGGUUAAAGCCAUUCGUGCGCAUAUUUGUAGUCUGGCAGGUUCAUCUACCUCUUUAGUGUUUCGUGUUGCCAUGUCACGUUUUACGCUGGAGAAACACUGCGGAGAAUGGAUGUUAUCUCGGUGGUACGAUAACAUCCCUGGUCCUGAUAGAUUGGUCGAGAUUUCCACCUCUCUGAGCGAAGAGGAUGCUUUUAACAUGGUCAACACUUGGUCCAAAAAGCUUCUGACUCCAGGACUGGACCCGGAGCGGCUCAGGGGCAUCAGCGAAUCUUUGAUCUCAAGUCACUGGAAUCAAGCUUGUCGCAUGGGUUGUCUUGCAGUGCAGUUUACUUACAUCAACGGCUUUUAUCAUCGAUUUGUGUGGCGGGUUUCUUAACCCGGCGAGCUUUACUCGGCUUAACAUGCUGUACAAAGAGAUCUUGAUUUAGUUGCUAGUCAAAGAACUGAUCUGAUUAAUCCAUGAUGAUUUAACCUCGCUGAUGAUUGACUUCGAGUCCGAUUUCAACGAAUUUAUUGAAUCUACCGACGAUCUUCACUGUAUUCCACAAGCUAAAGUGGACGAUUUCGCGUUUUCAGUUCAGUUUCAUCUGUCAGUGUUCGGUCUCUUAACCGGUACAAGGUACUAAGCAGCUUUGCGGUUUAUAAAUAAGCAUUCAAGAUAGUUCCCGCUUGGAUCUAGAACUCAUGAACACUGCUCAUCAAAGAACAAAAACGCUCCAAAGUGAACAGACUGUAAAGUGCAUUUGGUUCUAUUCGAAGCCAUCAAACUGGCAUCUUCAUACACUUUUAAAUAUUUACAGCUGUUAUGCAAAACUUUUAGCCUGGUAUGAUUGUUAGUGACAGCGGAAUUUUCUUUAAUCAAAUCAAUCUGUAUUAAAGAUACAAAGACUAAAUAAACAAUGACGUUGUGAAAAUAA